CGAGUUUUCUUUUCACAUUCAUUUGCUUGUUCAAAGUGGUAGGUUCCAUUACUCCUACAACUAGUACUUCUCGGUGUAGAUAAACUCAAAACUCACACGCUUUCUUCCCCGAGUUUCUUUCGCAUUCCCACCUUCCAAACACAAUUUCCAGCAACCCUUUUCUCCGUAUCACUACCGGGAAGAGAAACGCGAUAAUGGACUCGAGAGAACAGCAACCACCACCGCAUAUAUCACCGCAUCACCAUCACCAUCACCAACAGCAACCCCAACACCAGCAUCAGCAGCAACCUAACAUAUUACUCGGCGGCCCCACUUCUUCCUACUCCAACGCCACCGCACCUCAUCCAGCUAUGAGUAUGAUCAACCCCAACAUCCCUCCCCCUGCUGCAGCUGGUUUCCCCUUUAAUUCAGUUUGUCCGCCGCGCCCACAAUCUAAGCCUCCUUCUUCAGAUGGUCUUUUUGAUGGAUCAUCACCGCCUUCUUCAACGGGGAUGAGGUUUAGUAUGGAGCCGGCAAAGAAGAAGCGAGGGAGGCCCAGGAAGUACACACCCGAUGGCAACAUUGCAUUGGGGUUGUCGCCAACCCCGAUUUCUUCUUCGCCAAAUUCGUUGGUCCAUGCCGAUUCUGGAGGUGGCACUGGCACCCCUGGCGUGGCCUCCGAGCCUUCUUCUAAGCGGAAUAGAGGAAGGCCGCCAGGUUCAGGCAAGAAGCAGCUUGAUGCUUUAGGAGGAGUUGGAGGUGUUGGGUUUACACCUCAUGUGAUUACAGUGAAAGCAGGGGAGGACAUAGCAUCAAAGAUCAUGGCUUUCUCUCAGCAAGGGCCACGAACAGUUUGUAUUCUUUCUGCAAAUGGUGCCAUUUGUAAUGUUACCCUUCGUCAACCAGCAAUGUCUGGUGGUACUGUGACAUAUGAGGGCCGAUUUGAGAUUAUUUCUCUAUCAGGUUCUUUCUUGCUUUCUGAAAAUGAUGGUAGUCGCAACCGAACUAGUGCUUUGAGCGUGUCAUUAGCAGGUUCAGAUGGUAGAGUUUUGGGUGGAGGAGUUGCUGGAGUGCUAACGGCAGCAUCACCAGUACAGGUCAUAGUGGGCAGUUUUAUUGCUGAUGGAAAAAAAUCAAACUCAACAACUUCAAAAUCUGGGCCUUCAUCAGCACCUACAACACAAAUGUUGCAUUUUGGUGCGCCAUUGACAACAUCUAGCCCUACUCAUGGGCCCUCGAGCGAGUCUUCAGACGAUAAUGGUAGUAGCCCUAGUCCACUUAAUCGAGAUCAUGGAAUCUAUAACAAUGCAAGUCAACCCAUUCAUGGUAUGAAUAUGUACCAACUGUGGGCCUCCCAUAAUCCACACUGAAGAGCUCGAGCUGCAGGGCAUUAACACAGCAAUCGGAAUUUUAUAGCCUAACAUGCAUAUCAUUGAAUACAGGCUGCAGGUGAGGUGUUAAGUUGAUGUUGUUGGAAAGCAGGUUCCGUCUUCAUGAGUAGCUUUUAUUUUCUCUUUCUUUGUCUAAUAUGGACACAGCUAUUAGUAAAAUAGCUGCUUGUCAUCCUCCUUUAAGAAUGGCUGGCUUAGUUCAAUGUGGUAUUUAGGCAUAAUGGUUUUCCUUUUUGUACUUCCUGUUUCUAGUUAAUGUUAGUAAUGCACUCUUUUUAGAGGUUAUAAAUAUAGCACAAGGCUUCUACA